UAUUAGGCAGAUCCCACAUAAACUAGCAAUGGCUCAAAUAGAUUGUUUAACAAGAGAUGGAAUAUGGUCAUUUGCUAAUGGCACAACUGCACUUGUUACUGGGGGUACUCGAGGCUUAGGAUUUUCCAUUGUAGAAGAACUAGGGAGAUUUGGAGCACAUGUGUAUACAUGUUCACGUAGUAAGGAGGACCUGGAAGAAUGCUUGAGCAAGUGGACAAGUAAAGGGUUUAAGGUUUCAGGUUCAGUUUGCGACUUGGCAUCACAAGUCCAACGCCAAAAGCUUAUGGAAAUGACUGGCCUUGAGUUCAAUGGGAAGCUCAAUAUUUUAGUGAACAAUGCUGGUAUUGCUGUGGCAAAAGAAGCCACAGAAACUAGUGCAGAAGAUUACUCUAUGGUAAUGAAAAUAAAUGUUGAAGCUUCAUACCACUUGUCUCAACUUGCUCAUCCUUUGUUAAAGGCUUCUGGAAAUGGAAGCAUUGUGUUCCUCUCAUCUGCAGCUGGAAUUGCUUCAAUACCUUCUUCUUCUAUCUAUGCUACUUCCAAAGGAGCCAUUAAUCAACUUACAAAAAAUCUAGCAUGUGAAUGGGCAAAGGACAACAUUCGUGUCAAUGCUGUUGCACCAUGGAUCAUCAGAACUCCUCUCAUUGAGUCAAUGAAUAAAGACGAGAUGCUUAAAUGUUUAAUUAGUCGAGCUCCAAUGAAGCGUACGGGAGAGCCAAGAGAAGUUUCAGCAACUGUAGCAUUUCUUUGCUUACGUGCUUCUUCAUAUAUUACUGGUCAGAUUAUUUGUGUCGAUGGAGGAAUGACAGUCAAUGGAUAUCCUUAAAAAUCUAGUUAUACUAGUCAUAUUAUUAUAAUUUUUAUUUUUUAUAUUUAUUAUCGUCUGUGAUUUACUGUA